UGGGUUUGAACUGCCAACCUUUCAAUUAGCAGCCGGGUGCCCAUCCACAACGCCACUGGGGCUCCUUACUUCUUAGUAGCUUAUGCAAAUUUCCUUCAUCUCUGCCCCUCCCUCCCUCCCUCCGAACAGUGGGGGAGGGUGGGCGCUUACAGAGAAGGAGGUGCAGGAGAUAACAUGGUCCUGAGAGAGGUGGUCCUGGAGUCAGGCUGGAGGUGGGCAGAUCCCCAACACACGGGAGCCCGCCCCAUCAGCCCCACCUGAUCAAACAGAUCCUGGAGAGCAGAGGGCAAAGGGAAGGAGCAGAUGUAACUCCCAGGAACUGUCGGCCUCUCCCUUCCAGGACCCACCUCCCUCCCUGGCCCACUCACAACUGAGAGGGGGACCUUCACCAAGUGCAUGUUCAAAGGCCACCAGCAUGUAAGCCUGAGGGCCUAACAGUGAAAUCUUCACCGAGGGGGAGAGUGUGGGCUCUGGGGAGCCCGCCAGACUGGGAUUAGAACAGGUCUGUAGCUCAGGUGGGGGAUUGACUCCCUCUCUGCCCCUCCUUUUCCUCACCUGAGAAAUGGAGCCAGUCCUGGCCUCCUCAUCCACCUCUCGUGAGGACCAGCUGAGCAAGCGCAGCGAAGGGUGUGGGACUUUGGUUGGGCUCAGUCCACGAUUCUUGUGGUGAUGCUGCAGCCUUGCUGCUUCCGGCCUGGAUCAGAAGAGCGCCCUGGCGUGUUCUGGAGGGCUCUGGGGUCACCUUUGGCUCUGUGUUGCAGGUAGCCCAUCUCCUGUCCGGAGUAGUUGGGAGCAGCACCCUCUCCGCAUCUGGACAGGUCUCCACGGAGCUGCCGUUUCCCGCUGGAGGUCUGGGUCUGCCAGCCACGGGGCGGCCACACAGGCUGCAGCUAUCCACCAGGCCAGGAGACACUGACGGCUGUGGACUCCUCAUCAGCUCGGAACAGCCUCUCUUUGACCACGCUCGGUGAAGCAGCAGCCCCAUGAAGGUACCCAGCCAUGCAAUGUUCCUGGAAGGCUGUCCUCCUCCUCGCCCUGGCCUCCAUCGCCAUCCAGUACACGGCCAUCCGCACCUUCACCGCCAAGUCCUUCCACACCUGCCCGGGGCUAGCCGAGGUGGGCCUGGCCGAACGGCUGUGCGAAGAGGGCCCCACCUUUGCCUUCAACCUCUCGCGCAAGACCCACAUCCUCAUCCUGGCCACCACGCGCAGCGGCUCCUCCUUCGUGGGCCAGCUCUUCAACCAGCACCUGGACGUCUUCUACCUGUUUGAACCCCUCUACCACGUGCAGAACACGCUCAUCCCGCGCUUCACGCAGGGCAAGAGCCCCACCGACCGGCGCGUCAUGCUGGGCGCCAGCCGUGACCUCCUGCGCAGCCUGUACGACUGUGACCUCUACUUCCUGGAGAACUACAUCAAGCCGCCGCCGGUGAACCACACCACCGACCGCGUCUUCCGCCGGGGGGCCAGCAGGGUCCUGUGCUCCCGGCCCGUGUGUGAGCCCCCGGGCCCUGCGGACGCGGCCCUGGAGGAGGGCGACUGCGUGCGCAAGUGCGGCCUGCUGAACCUGACCGUGGCCGCUGAGGCCUGCCGCGAGCGCAGCCACGUGGCCAUCAAGACAGUGCGGGUCCCCGAGGUCAACGACCUGCGGGCUCUGGUCGAGGACCCUCGGCUAAACCUGAAGGUCAUACAGCUGGUCCGCGACCCCCGGGGCAUCCUGGCCUCCCGCAGCGAGACCUUCCGGGACACCUACCGGCUCUGGCGGCUCUGGUACGGCACCGGGAGGAAGCCGUAUAACCUGGACGUGACGCAGCUGACCACGGUGUGCGAGGACUUCUCCAACUCCGUGUCCACCGGCCUCAUGCGGCCGCCGUGGCUCAAGGGCAAGUACAUGCUGGUGCGCUACGAGGACCUGGCCCGGAACCCCAUGAAGAAGACGGAGGAGAUGUACGGGUUCCUGGGCAUCCCCCUGGGCAGCCACGUGGUGCGCUGGAUCCAGAACAACACGCGCGGCGACCCCGCGCUGGGCAAGCACAAGUAUGGCACCGUGCGCAACUCGGCCGCCACCGCGGAGAAGUGGCGCUUCCGCCUCUCCUACGACAUCGUGGCCUUUGCGCAGAACGCCUGCCAGCGCGUGCUGGCGCAGCUGGGCUACAAGAUGGCUAGCUCGGAGGAGGAGCUGAAGAACCCCGCCGUCAGCCUGGUGGAGGAGCGGGACUUCCGCCCCUUCUCGUGAGGCGGGCACCGCAGGGUGCUGCCUGCGGGCCCUGCCCCAGUGUCCGGUGUGCGGACAAGGACCAUCUUUAACUGUUGCCUUAUUUCCCCUCCCUCGACCCGCCUCCCGUCUCUGUGUCCUUCCCACCCCCUGCCCCCUACCUUCCCUCCCCGCCCCACUCCCCCUUUCUGCCUCCUUUUGUCUCUGAAAUUUGCACUAUGUCUCGGACGGGAAUCAUUGGGGCAGAGGGGGGCGUGAAGUGGGGUCCGGCCCCCACCCCACCCCGAUUCAGACACACGGAUGUUGGGUCUCUACAUGGAUGGUGAUAAUGUUUACAAACACCACACUCGCGUGCGCGCAAGCGUGCACACACACCACACACACGCACACACACGGGCACCCACGCACAGGGAAAGAGGCGCCCAGUAGACCACACGACUUCUCAAGCUUUUCUAAGGGAAGCGUCUUCGGGGUAUCGUAGUUUUGCACUGUCUUACUGCUACAAGAGUUAAAAACUAAAGAACCACCUCUCUAAUUUAUGAAUGGUGUCUAGCUCCUCCUUCCCAGCCCGGCCUCUGCCCCGGUACCCACUCCCCCAACCCCUUGGAGCAGAAAUACUGCCUCCUCCUGCCCACCCUUGCCUGCCGGUGAGCAGGUUUUUACUGUGAGGUGAACGUGCACCUUGUUGAUUUUUUUUUCUUCCCCAAUCUGUGGCCGUGCUGUCUCUGUCUGAAUCUUGUGGCUGCCUCCUGGACCAGUGAUGGCUGACGAAUCUUUGGGUUUUCUGAUUGAUCGUGGGGUCCAUCUGUGAUAUAUCUUUGUGCCAAAAAAAAAAAAAAAGUGGACCAGUUUGCUAAAUGAACCUUGAAAUGCUUUAUCUGUGUUUUCUGUAAAUAAAAGUGCAAUAAGG